CUGGCUGCGACGCUGGGAGAGCGCGCUCAGACUCGACGCAGUUGACGGGAGCCUGACGGCGACCUGCGAGCGCGGAGAACGACCAAGUCGCGCGUUGUUCUUUCUUUAUUUCGUGGUCCGCUUUAUUUCUAGUCUUUGUGUUCAUUUGUUUCGCUCGCACGGUGUCCGUCGGGUUUUUCUUUGUUGCGAGUGGACUGGUUAGGGGAGGCCGUUGGCGUUGUGCGAGUCGUCUUCAGCGAAACGCCACGCGACUGUAGUCCACACCGCUUCGUAGCGGACAGCUGCGGUUUCUCCAGUCUUCGACGGCGUGAUGCCGUUCAUAGGACGCGAUUGGCGAUCACCGGGCGAAGCCUGGGUCAAGACCGAGGAAGGCUGGGAAAAGAAGAAAAUCCUCGAAUUCUACUGUUGCUCCGACGAAAGUCUUGAUUCUUUGGAGCAACCGGCAGACUAUGACCUUUCACCAUCACCACCACCGAACUUAGCUGGCGGAGAUGCAGGUGGCGGAGACGAGUGCCUCGACAUUGACACCAAGCAGCGGCGGCUCUUGCAGCAGCCCUAUUGCCAGAUCACGCUCAAGUGCACACGAGAGGUUGCUGGUUACAACACUAUCAGCGAAGCGUUUCGUAGGCUAGACUUUCGCAAUGGCAUCAAAGACGUGCGGCGAUUCAACUACAUUUGCAAGUUGCUGCACCUACUGAUCACAGAAAACCUGACCACACUGAGUGGCUGCGCAAGCCGGGUGCUCUUCACCAUGCUCGAAGAAGUGGCAUCUCAAGUUGCCGACAGUCGUCAGAACACUCACAUUCUUCAGCUUCUGCUGGAGGACCUAGAGCGGACGCUGCGCAAGUACCACUGCUGGGGUCGGCCGCUGGGCUCGAGCCAGCUGUGGGAGCAGCAUCUGCAAACCCUGCAGCGCAUCUGGAAUGUCCAGAGGCACAUUGACCUCUCCAACCCAACGCCGGACGACAGCACACCCCAGUUUCCUCACCUGCCCCCCGAACUGCUCAGGGAAGUUCUGCUACGUCUGGCUGACUACAGAGACCUGGCCAGAAGUGGAGAGGCGCACCCGGUGCUGGCGGCGCUGCUGCAGGAGGAGCAUGUGUGGCGGCGCCUGUGCCUGUUUCAUUUUGGUCCCCAGCUGGUGGAGCAGUGGUUGCAGCAGCCACCGAAAAGCUCGAUGGCUGCUCCCGGGUGGCAGCGCCUCUUCCACCGCCUCCGCAAGAAGCACGGCCUGCGGGAAGAGUAUGCUGACAGCCUGCUGCUCUGCCGCCACUGCCGGUGCCUCUUCUGGAAGUCCUUUGGCCAUCCCUGCCUCAACUCGUCGCGAGAGGAGACUGUGGAGGAGAGCAACAACGGUGCUGUGACGCCGACCGGCGUCUUGCCCAUGUGCAUUCCUGUCACCCCACAGGCCUUCCUCCAGUUCUUCUCGCUGUGAAAGGCAGUGGUCUCCCAGUGCCAACAUCUUUCUGGAACCGAAUCUGUCGUGGUUCUCAAGAAUGUUAUUGCUGGCAGCUGACAAUGCCAGCGCUGCCUGCUGCGUCGGCAUGUCUCGUUUUCCUCCUGUUGUCCUCUUCCGAAAAGGCAGCCUACUCAAACUUGUUGUCUUUUACAUUUUUGGAUCUUAUCUUCUUGACAGCACUUUCGGUCAGAGUGUGUUGCAUGCCCCUGGAGAGGGUGUGUCGCAGUUUUUGUAAAGUUGGGAACGGGGUUGCUCUUGUCACGGCGCCACUCGCCUGAGGCAGCGUUACUUUGAAACUAACAUAAUCUUGCAGGCUCCAGGCUGAUGCUCCUUCGCAGUGUUUAGUUCGUGCAUGUUUUACAUGUUAUCUAGUGCUCUGCAAUUGUACAUGGCAGUGCUGUACUAGUCUUACGUCGAUAAUUGUGCUGCACAUGCGCUCACUUUAGUGCUGUGACUUAUGCUGCCCUAUCAUCAGCACUCGCAUGCAUUUCUCCUUAUUGACAGUUCUGCAACCUGCAGUAUAUAUUGCUGAACAUAGAUCAGUUUAAGAUAGUAGGGAUUACUAUCUUGCAGUGAAAAGGCUACCAAAUGUGUGCACCCUAUACCGUCUAAAUGUAAGCUGUGUUAUUUUACUAGCAUGGUAAACAUGCAUUUAUGGCACACAAGACGUUGUUAUUAGAAAGCAUUACAAAUUUCCCCCUGCCAGUUGAAAAAAAUAGGACCAUUUUCUCAGUGCGAAUCACUAGGCAAUUAAGUGGGUAAUUGACGAAUUGGUCACACAAAUUUUCAGCAGAUCAGACUAUGUUCUUUGCUUGUCACUUUGGCAGUAUUAUUCCCAGCUUCUAUACCAUCGAAUAAGCCAGCGGCCAUUUCUUCCGGUUGAGGUGCCGUGUCAAACAAUACAGCAUGCAGAUGUUAGUGUGUCUAUGAAAGUGUUUUUAUUGAUUGAAAACACUCAUUGAUCUUUCCUUUUUCCUAUUUUGGGGAACCUCUUGUGGUUAUCUGAAGCUUGUUGGUUGUUCGAUUGGUUAUCUAGUUCACUUGUCGUUAAUGCACCUGUGUCAGUGACAUGCAGAACAAGACCGUUCUAUGCUAUCUUCCCGUCGCUUAUUUUGAUUGCAUCAAAACAUGCCGAGUCAUACAACCACUUAGGUGCGACAGUUGGCAAAAAAUGUUGCGCAGAGGUGCUCUCGUUCAGGCUAGCAUGACAUUCCAACAUAAAGUUGUAGCAUGUGGCAUGGCUUGUGUUUUGAAAGUUCGUGCGGCGUGAUAUCUGUACUGUUGAAUAAUAAUGCUAGUGGAUAGCAUUUCUGCUUGGAAGUCAAAAAGAUAGUUCAGGCUACUGACAUGCAUAAACGGUCAGCCAGUUUUAGAGAUGAUGGAUUUUUCAGAGAUGCUGGAUCACUCCGGUGGCUUUGUGCCACCACUGUGUACUCUGUUGAGCCAAUAGUAUGUAGGCACAUCCACAAUUCUGGCUACUACGUGGAUUAUCUCCCAGCCCUAAGCCUGGGCUCUCGUGCACCACUGUGAUGUCAGUACGAGUUCCCUAAAGUCUGCUUCAAUGAUAUACAGGAGCAUCGUGUGAUCAAGCACACGUGUUGUGCCGUUUAACGAGAGUCUACUGUAUUACGGUAAAGCAUAUCAAGCGUGGAAAGAGGCCAUUGUUGCAAGACAUCAAAACUCAGUCUGCGGCCAUUACAAGCGACUGUACGGUUGGUCACUGUAUGGUUGUGGCAUAUUGAAACCAUGCAAGCUCUGCAAGGACAUGCAUUCACUUUUUUUUUUUAAACACCCACUUUUUCGUUCAAUUCCCAUAGGGAGUGGGAAAAAUCAUGCAUUGGUUGUAUAGUAUGGCUGUUCUUCAAAUGUAGAGAGCAAACAGAACUCUAUUGAAAUAGCUGUUUCCCAGAGAAUUGAAAUCAUCAAUGAUUGCGACACCCACUGUGUGGAAUGCAUGCUUCAAAUUGAAUUUUUUUAAGCCCUUUUUUUCUCUAUACUUAGUGCACUUGUUAAUGUGAUCGAUAAGAAGCAGCUCACAUAUAGAGAAUUAAGAGAGCACUAAGUGGAGAGAGUUUUUUUUAUUCCCCUUUUUUCUAGUCUUUGUCAUGGAACUAUUCUGCAGCUUUUACCGGUGCAUAUCAAUGCUGCUAUUGGUACGAGCAGAGCCAAAGAGACAUUUAACAGUAAAAAGUGUGAAGAGUAAGCUGUGUUAACAUUUGGUUUAAAGAAAAAUAAUUAAACAGUGGCACAUGAUGCCACAACAAUAGGCCUGCACACCUAAGGCUCCCCUUCAAGGGGGACGAAGGUGCGUUGCAGUGCCCCUCUCCCUUAUAAGGUCAAUGUAUUGGGCAGACUUUGCACUCGCCGCCCUUCUUGGGUGACUCCGGGGGAAGACCUCCCCUGCCCCCUCCAAUGCUCACACCUAGGCUAACGUUUCUGCGAUGUGGUUGUAUGGCUACAUUGGGAUGAUCUCCCCGCGUCACAGAAUGGAACCGUGGCAAGAGCAGCACCCGAAAGCUUGUUUGCAGCUGAGCUCCUGUUAUGAUCACCGGUGCUUUAGAGUUUGUACAUAUGUAUGUAGGAAGGCAUAUGAGCUAUAUUUUCUAUACAGAAAUCUUAUUUCAGUAUUUAAAAUGCCUAAAAAAAAUGAACUUAAAAGAAUAUAUAUCUAUAUGUUUGUCUGCAAGCUGAGAGAGUGUUUGUUGGAAGAGAGAAAGGAGUGAACGACACAUCAGCACUGUGUUGAAGCAAUCUGUUGAAUGUUGAAGAGCUUGUGUGAAAAUGUGAAAUGUUGAAGAAACUUGCAGUCUGCA